GCCGCUUCGGGCAACGCCGCGCUCCUUGCGCCGGCACCCGGCCCUAAUGAUGACGCAGCCGACGCGCGUGCCCCGGCCCGCCGCCGCAACCGCCGUGCCGGCGGCGGCGACGGCGCCGUCGCAGGCGCGCCGGUGCCCGCACGGGGGCCGGCAAUCGCAGCUUCCGCGCAGCUGCUGGCGCCCGCCGGGUUCAAGGGCGGUCCGGUCAUCGUCAACGCCUCGCCUAGGUGGCGCCCGUCUGCGGCGGCAGCGGCGGCGCCCCCAGUGGCCUGA